CAACAUAGAAACGCGCAUAGAUGACACGAACAAGUAAAGAAUGCAGGAAAGAUAAAGAAGACCGAAUAAAGACACCUAAUGACUAGUUGUAAGAAUAUAUGAGAAAGGUGAGCGUAUGAGAGUAGUAGUAAAGGUUGUAGUUAUGAUUUAAUGAGCCUAAGAGUACAACAGCAGGGUUUCUGCUCUGUUUUUACCACAGUACUAAGAGAAUCUAUGGUAGCUUCCAGUACUUUUUUACAACGACUGAGAUUUUUUAUAUUUCAACAAAAAAUCGUACACCGCUGACGUUCUUUUACAACAUCAACGACCACGUCUUUUUGCCUACAGAUAUUUUUCGUCAUUGUUGAUUUUAAGAGACCACCGAAACUACCACUUAUCAAAUAAGAACGAACACAACAUCAAAGAACAAGAACAAGCGACAUAUUAUUAUAGCAGAACUAGUAUUAGUAUUUCAAAGACGAAAACGAGCAAAAAAAAUGUUGUCCCAAUCUCCUACUCCUUCGUUUUCUGUUUUCUGUGUGGUCGCGACGUUGCUGGGCGGUCAGCAGGCCAACGCUCGUUCUGCCCUCUUUGAGGGUACUGCGGGUAAUCGGCUGUCUUUUGCAGCGCUUUCGCAGCAAGACUUCACUAGGAGACAUUCAAACGAAAAUAUCUAUACUGAUUCGUCUGGAGUAGAUCAUCAAUAUCAUCUUGAUCCUGGCGCUUCUGGUGCUGGUCAUAGUCAAGGUCAACAAGUAGAAGAACAAGAAACUACACAUGCUGGCAGUGGCCACGAUGGAGGUGCCCCUGCAUAUGCUCCUGUAGUUUCGAACGUUACCAGUCCCCCAUUGGAUUUCUUUCCUAGUGGCAGUGUCCGUGUAGGCUAUGGGAAUGGGGUUUCCAUUUCUGGUUUGGUGGAGAGCCAUACCGGUAUUAGCAAUAGCAGUAUUAGCUACACCGCCUGGGAAGAACAACAGCAACAAGUAGCAGGAUUACAUCCUAGUAGUAAUACCCUACAGGUCCGUCAUACUAAGUACAACAGCUGGGGCAAUAAUCAGGCUCCAAACUACUUGGGAACAAGUACAAUUACAGCAGGUUCUACUACCGGCAACGGGGGCCACAACUACAGUUACUAUGGAGAUGGCCAGGGUGCAGCUGGCGCACAAGCACAAGCUAGUCCACCAAUAUUAGUCCUAUCGCUGCAUGAACUUCUACACGGAAAUAAUCAUGCUACAAGAGCUGUAGCUGGUGGCAUCUUCAAUGCAUCUACUUCUACUGUUGUUCGUGACGAGGGAGCUCAACAGAGUGGUAGCAUUCCCACUGGAGGUAUUAGCACCAGUCCUCCACGGACUCAGACGACAGGGUCAGGAGGUGCGAUGAACAAUCUGCCAGAGGAUAGUAGAUACAAUGAGAAUUGCUGGGCUUUUUUCCCGUACGGCUAUGAUGCGGAUGAUGAGAGAGAUACGAGCAACUUUCAAAGAGAUGGACGAAACUUUCAAAGAGAGGCAAGUGGAGCAACGAAAGCGAAACGGGGCAUGAGAAGAGAAGCACUCCUUUCAGGAACUGGUCGCGGAGGUGCUCCUAGAAGUUCUACCGUAGAAGUACAAGUAGAACAGCCUCCUCAAGAACCUGGUAAUUCUCCCCAGUCCUUUCUCAAUAUAGCCACAGGACAUCUUCAAUCAGGAGGUCGCGUGGGCGCUUCAUCUUCAAAAUAUCAAGCGAGUGCUACCGUAGUUCCUUUUGGUGGUAAUGCACCUGUUUCUCCUGCUGUUAGGGUCGAACUACAUCAAGCAGGUCGCGCACAACAACCUCCGCGGCCUCUUGUUCCCAGCAACAUUCCCCAACAACAAGAACAACCCCAACAACAAGAACAACAUGACCACAUGCUACACGUAAAAACGGCUAAUAUUCUGCAAAGACAAGCUGAAAAUUAUCGAUCGUUGGUUUACCUAGCCGCAGGGCAUAUAAAAAAUGCAGUUUACUAUCUUCAACAACGUAAUCUCCUACUAGCCGCUGUUGAACGGGAGAAUGAAAGACUAUGUUCUUCAGACGGCCAAGGGGAAACUUUCUGUGCUGCAAGUGGAUCCAGUCUUUCCUCUUCAUCCAGUCCUUCCUCUUCUUCUCAGCAGCAGCAGCAACAACCUCAACCCUGGCGGGGAUCUUCGGAAGGCCACGAGGGGACGUUCAUCAGUGCUGCUGGAAAACUUUCGAGUAGUUCAUCUUCGUCUUCGGACGCUUUGCCAGUACUAGUAAAAGAGACGCAAGAAUGCCGCGAUACAUCACCAUCAAGAGGUCCUCAGAGCGAAGAGCGUACCAACACACUCUUGCAACCACAUGCAAAUACGAGUCCCUGCUUACCCGCAUUUCGGUCGAACACUCUUCUAGGUGGGGGUCGGCCAUCCUUUUGCUCAGUUAAGGCUCAACAAGAAGAACAUGAUAAGUAUUGUAUUUCUACAAGUCUUUUUUUUUUUUCGCUUACCUCAAGGUUUGUCCAGAGCUGCCAGUGUCACAGAAACACUGUCAGACCACGUCUCUACGGUCACUAUGAAAGGUGAUAACAGGGACAUUAGCAUGCAAGUCAUUUCUUACCGAUGCCCCCCGUUCUUUCCUCCUUGGGAUAAUUCUGAAGAACUGAAGGGAAGUGGGCUAGUUCAAAUUCUGAAUUUCUGAAGAAAUGAAACACAAACAGAGAAGAAGCGCUUUCUUUAGCUCUAACUCAGACGCUGACGAAGAUUCACGUGACGAAGAUGUGCUUUCUUCUGGUUCUCCUGAUUCUGUCGGUUGUUCUCUUGAUUCGCAACAAGGGCCAGGAGUGACAUUGUAUGCCCCUACGUUGGACUCCUUUGCAGAAAUAGAUCUACAGCAGCCAGGGCCAACGUUCUUGUGUGGACCGUGGGGCUCCACCUUCCAGACUGCAAGUGCAUCAUUAAGGCUGACCCUAAUUCACAGCUUCCUAAGUUGCAAGGGCAUCUUUGACGUGAGAUGAAACAAGGGAGUGAGAAGGAGAACCACUACAAAGAUGCACUCCCUCGCGUAAUAUGAAUUUGGGUAAGCAGCUCUAACAUGUGGAUGUGCACCAACAACUGCGUCAGAACCUCCUACAGUAAAAAAAACUACAGGAACAGGAUCACCACCAGAAGAUCCAAACAAAAAUGUCGAUUUCCGAACCUCAAGUUUUGAUCAAAAACAAGAUCAACAACGAGUAGAAGAACUACAGCUCCAUCGACUGAAACAAGAUCCUUUACCAUUUCUUGUAGAGCGUGCUGCAGUGGGCAAUGGAGGUCGUCAGAAACCUCGUGAGGUUGAUCCGCAACAGCGCGAUUUAGCCCAGCAACGAGGAAAAGGAAAUACUAGCACGAAUACUAGCACUAUGUUGCAAGCCCUGUGA